GGUAGCCUUCGUCGCCGCUCUGUUUGCACAUUUACUUUGCUCUGGUGGAAACAUGCAAACUUCUGAGAAGUCUGACACCGACAUUCGGUUCGUUUGCAGGGGAACAUUUGUCCACUCGACCGCUGAGGAGGCGCUGCAGAUCCUGGAGGAUGCGCUUCUUGGAGUGGACUCAAAGGGAAAGAUUGCGUUCAUUGGGGAAGGUAAAGACUUACAGAAACUGUCUGAGAGCUUUGGAUUUUGCUCAUCUGCAGUGACACAGCUGAGACAACAUGAGUUCUUUAUGCCUGGAAUGAUAGACACGCACAUCCAUGCACCCCAGUACAGCUACGCAGGCACAGCCCUGGAUAUGCCUCUCCUGCAGUGGCUCAACACGUACACCUUUCCUGUGGAGUCACGCUUUCAGGACAUAGAGUUUGCGAAGAAGGUCUACACUCAAGUAGUGAAAAGAACUUUAAGAAACGGAACAACCACUGCGUGUUACUUUGCCACCAUACACACUGAUGCGUCUCUUCUGCUUGGUCAGAUUGCAAAUGACUUUGGCCAGCGUGCCUUAGUAGGGAAAGUGUGUAUGGACAGAAACGACGGUGUGAAGUAUUACAGAGAAACCUCUGAAGAAUCUCAAGAAGAGACCUAUCGGUUCAUCAAAGAGCUACUGAACAAAAAGUACCCCCUGGUGAAGCCAGUGGUCACUCCACGUUUUGCACCGUCCUGCACAGAGACCUUGCUUGCUAAGCUGGGAGAAAUGGCUAAGAAUAACAAGCUGCAUAUUCAAAGUCACAUCAGUGAAAAUCUUAAGGAGGUGGAGUGGGUGAAGGAGCUGUUCCCCAAUUCGGAGUCUUACACAGACAUCUAUCACAAAUGCAACCUUCUCACAGACAAGACUAUUAUGGCCCAUGGCUGCCACCUCAGUGACGAAGAGUUGGUUCUGUUCAGGAAAACAGGAGCUGCUUUGUCCCACUGUCCCAAUUCAAACAUCUCCUUGUGCAGCGGAGUGCUAAACGUGCGCAACGUCCUGAAUCACAAGGUGAAGCUGGGGCUGGGCACAGAUGUGGCAGGAGGCUAUUCACCUUCCAUCCUCGAUGCUGUGCGAAGAGCCCUGGACUCGUCCAAAGUCCUCACCAUCCAGGACCCAGAACACAAAACACUCAGCUUUGAAGAGGUCUUCAGACUGGCCACACUGGGAGGGAGUCAAGCGUUGUCCCUGGAUGAGCGAACAGGAAACUUUAAGGUGGGAAAGGACUUUGAUGCCUUGAGAGUUAAUGUGGCUGCCCCAGGUGGACCCAUCGACCUAAUCCAAAGCGAGAAACCACAGAUUCUUUUGGAGAAGUUCUUGAAUUUGGGUGAUGAUCGAAACAUUGUGGAGGUGUUUGUAGCUGGGAAGAAGGUGGUGCCUUUCAGUGAGCCAUGAACAGACAGGACUUCUUCCUUCCUCACAUCGGAGUGAAAGAAACAAACACACACUGUGGCUGCUUCAGCUAUGUUUUUGCACAAAAGUAGAUUAAUGAGAGUAAAGGGAUAUUUUUAAUAUAUAUAUUUUAGGGCAGAGUAUGUGAUUUACUUCAUCAUUCUUUAGCCUGCAUGCUGGACUUUUGAUUGGGAAACAAGGGAUAUAUUAACCAGCAGGAAGUUUGUACAGAUAACUGGCUAAUAAUUUGCAAGUGUGUUUUCUAUGUUUGGCACUUUUGCACCUUCGCCAUGUAGUAAAUAACUCUCACCGGGGAAAAAAAAAAAAAAAAAAAGCCGACCUUAUUGCUUUACAGCUUAAUUUAUUUUGCCAUACUAUAUCAGAGGAAGUGAUAACAUAAGACUUGGUGCUUUUUAUGGUGCAAGAACUGCGGUAGUUUGAUGAUGCCAUUUUCAUGGACUUCCUGUAGAAAAAGUCUUUGUGAGGCGAAGGCUAAAUUGUGCUCUAAUGGACACUCCAACUAAUUCAAUCAUUCAAGCAUUUAAAGCUGCAGAGGUGCAGGGAUUGUGUUUUAAUGUGUCCUUGAUACUUCUCUUUUGAUUUCAUAGUGUUAAAGUGAAAAUAGAAAUGUUUUCAAGCACUCUUUUCUAACAUGUUCAAGAAUUCAAAUCGUCCUCAUGGCCUUAUCACAUAACUGUUUGUGAUUUUUUUUUAAAUCCUAAAUCUAAUCAAAAAUGUAAAACAAUGUUUGGUGUGCAGAUGUUUGAUUCAAGGGAAUGUAUUGAUAAAGGAUUCUUUUUUUUGUUUUGUAUUUUGUAAUAUUUUUACACGCACUUUUUUAAUUAUUAGGGAAUUAGACUAUGUGCACUUUUCUUUUUAACAAUAUUUAAGUCAAGUUUGCUUUUUACUGAAGAAGUUGCUAAUUGAAUUUUCACGCAAGACACAGUCUGAACCAUUUUACAUGAGAAGGUCACACUUUUUGAUCUGUUACACAGGAUAAAAUAUAAAUAAAGGAAGUCACAGAG